UCCACCAGUGUCGUACACUUGAGUACAGACGACAAAAAAGAUGGAUGUUGACGUGUCAAAAAAUGUGGACGAUCUUGUUCAAAAAGUUUCGUUACAUAUCCCGCGACCCACAAUUGUUCAUGGAUAUUCAGUUCCCUUCAUAUUUUUGUAUGGACUUUGGUUUUAUUUGUGGGUUUUCGUUUAUGGGGUUGAAGAGUACCCAGAAGCAGGAUGGAUUACGUUGGCCGGCAUUGGACUAAUCCAAAUUUUAGUUUCACUAUCGUGUUACUGGUCCGUUCACAUAAGAACGCUUCUUACUUGUUCGAAUACUUCCGAUCCGUUAAAAGCAAUUUAUGUAAAAGUUGUCCCCACGCCUAACAAUGGUGCAUCUCAACUUGUAGCAAUUCAUAAAGCAAAGGAUGUCCAAGGAGAAACUAAAAUUUGGUUUGUUUUUCAAAAAACCAGAUAUAACUGGGAUUUUGAAGAUAAAUGUUUCAAAGGAACAGUUUUUCCCAUUACCCAUAGUUAUCAGAAUUACUUGGAUUGGAAAGGUUAUCAAAAUGACAAUGAGAUAAAUGAAGCUGAAAAUAACUUUGGCAAAAAUGAGUUAGAAAUGGUUGUACCAGAAUUCAUGGAACUUUUUUUGGAGAGAGCAACAGCACCAUUUUUUGUUUUUCAAGUAUUCUGUGUUUGCCUUUGGUGUUUGGAUGCCUAUUGGUAUUAUUCCAUCUUUACAUUACUUAUGUUGGUUGCUUUCGAAUGCACUCUUGUUCAGCAACAGUUGCGCAACAUGUCCGAAAUUAGGAAAAUGGGCAACAAGCCAUAUUCAGUUCAGGUUUAUCGUAGCAAAAAAUGGCAAAUGAUCUCAAGUGAUCAACUAGUUCCUGGUGACUUAGUUUCCGUCAGUCGUUCCUCAGAUGAUUCAUUGUUAGUUCCAUGCGACAUGCUACUUCUUCGCGGACCAUGUAUUGUUGAUGAAUCGUUGCUAACUGGAGAAUCAGUUCCCCAAAUGAAGGAACCACUAGAAAAUCUAGCUUCUGAUGAGCUCAAUCGUUGUUUGGAUCUGGAAGAUGAAAGCAGGCUCCACAUAUUGUUUGGAGGAACCCGUAUAGUUCAACACACUUCACCAGCAAAAACAACUGGACAACUUAAAUCUCCCGACGGAGGCUGCAUUGCCUAUGUUCUUCGUAACAGCUUUAACACUUCUCAGGGAAAAUUGCUACGUACAAUUUUGUUUGGCGUAAAACGCGUCACGGCCAACAAUCUGGAAACUUUCGGGUUCAUCAUUUUCCUUUUAUUUUUCGCAAUCUUGGCUUCGGGUUACUUGUGGAUUAAAGGCACUGAAGAUCCCAACCGUAACCGUUACAAACUGUUUUUGGAGUGCACAUUGAUUUUAACAUCAGUGGUGCCUCCAGAACUGCCUAUUGAACUGUCGCUAGCCGUCAACACUUCAUUAGUCCAACUUACCAAACUUGGAGUUUAUUGCACCGAGCCUUUUAGAAUCCCAUUCGCUGGCCGGAUUGAAAUGUGCUGCUUUGAUAAAACUGGGACCUUGACCAAUGAUAACCUCGUCGUUGAAGGUAUCGCAGGUCUCGACAAUAGUGACCCGGCAGUUGUACAAAGCAUAAAUGAAGUACCUCUGGAAACAUUGCAAACGUUGGCUACAUGCCAUUCGCUCAUUCACCUGGACGAAGGUUUAGUUGGCGACCCUCUAGAAAAAGCUACACUGACAGCAAUUGAUUGGACGUUAACGAGAGGUGACGCGCUGAUACCUAACAGUAAAUCGGUUAGGAGCCCAGCCUUAAAAAUAGCUCAAAGAUAUCACUUCAGCAGUGCUCUGAAGCGAAUGGCUGUUGUAGCCGGUUACACCUUAUCUGGCUCUACGGACGUAAACUACAUAGCCUCCGUAAAAGGAGCUCCUGAGACCUUAAGAUCUAUGUUCGUCUCGGUGCCUCCUAGUUAUGACGAGGUCUACUUAGCGAUGUCCCGCAAAGGAGCUAGAGUCUUGGCCCUGGGCUACCGUAACCUGGGCAUGUUAAGUCAUCAAGCAGUUCGGUCACUGAAGCGUGACACCGUUGAAUCGGAGCUUAAAUUUGCCGGUUUCUUGAUUCUUUCGUGUCCGUUGAAGAAAGAUUCUCUAGCGGUUAUACGAGAAAUUGUUUCAUCAUCGCAUCGUGUCGUAAUGAUAACCGGGGAUAAUCCUUUAACUGCGUGCCAUGUUGCAAAGGUGCUAAAAUUUGCAAAGAAAGCAUCUACCUUGAUUCUGAGUUGUGUUAACAACGAUUGGAUAUGGCAAAGUGUUGACCAAGAUGUGGAGCUUCCACUGAUACCAUCCGACCUAAAACGUUUCACAUCCGACUAUGUGCUUUGCAUUACGGGUGUGGGCCUUACUCACUUGCAUAAUGCGCAUCCUGAAUUUUACCAGCGUAUUUUACCCCACAUCCGCGUUUAUGCCCGCGUGAACCCCAAACAGAAGGAAUUAAUUAUUACUUCGUUGAACGGACUCGGCUACGCCACCUUAAUGUGCGGAGACGGAACUAAUGAUGUAGGAGCAUUGAAACAUGCUCAUGUCGGUGUCGCUAUUCUAUCCCACCUACCAGAAUCUACGUCCAAAUCGAAAAAAGUCGAAGACAAAACGAAAGAAACAGAAGUGAAUAUCGCAAGCCAGGAAAAAAAUAAAAGACUAGUUUCACGUCACGGUGAAAAGGGAAGAUCCGUUCCUGGUUCUCACGAUGUUGUUCAUGCCUUGGAUCCUCGCUUGGAGCGCCUAAACAGGGCACAAGUUCAGUUGCAACAAAUGAUGAAAGAUAUGGAAGAGCAAGAGCGAGCCCAACUAGUCAAACUAGGAGACGCGUCUAUUGCUGCCCCGUUUACAUCCAAAAUGAGCUCUAUCCAAAGCAUUUGCCACGUCAUCAAACAGGGUCGCUGUACGCUGGUCACUACUUUGCAAAUGUUUAAAAUCCUAGCAUUGAACGCCCUUGUAUUGGCUUACAGUCAAUCUGUCCUCUAUCUCGAGGGAGUGAAAUUUAGUGACGGACAGGCCACGUUGCAAGGCUUGCUCUUGGCAGCUUGUUUCCUAUUCAUUUCCCGAUCAAAGCCUCUCAAGCAUCUGUCGCGAAAUCGGCCUUUACCCAACAUUUUCAAUUCCUACACUAUCUUGACUGUACUACUUCAAUUCUUGGUCCAUUUUUCCAGUUUAGUAUUCUUGGUUCAACAAUCGUCGAUGCGCUUACCACCAAGAGAAUCCCCUUUCCCCGAUUUAGACAAGGAAUUUGAACCCAAUCUCCUCAAUAGUACCGUUUACAUCAUAAGUAUGGCUCUUCAAGUAUCGACAAUCGCCGUCAACUAUCGAGGUCAUCCCUUUAUGGAAAGUCUUAAAGAAAAUCGCGCCUUGCUCUACAGUUUGGUGGGAACUGGAUCGUUUAUUCUGGGUCUAGUUCUUGGCUUGAUGCCAGAAAUUAACCAAGAAUUUGGAAUAGUAGAAUUCGAGCCUCAAUACCGCAAUCUACUCGCGGGAGUUCUCUUGGCCGAUUUUAUUCUUGCUUUCGUGGUAGAUCGAAUUUGUUUGUUCAUUUUUGGCGAAGGGAAAUUAAAAAUUGAAAUUGAAUAAAAAUGUAAACCUUGAAAGAUCAAUACAAGUAAAUUAAAACGG